AUGACUGAACAAGUAGAAGUUAAAGAAAAUCUGUUAACAAAUGAUCAUGAUACACCAGAAAGAGUGGUUAAGCCUUCUUCAUCAAUACCCAGAUAUCAACACAAAUCAGAUGACCAGACAAGCAGUCCAAUGUUUUUACGCCCAUCAUUAUUGCCAUCUUCGUCAUCAUUUGCUUUUGAGAUAGGUCAAAGAAAACCAGAUACUCCGAGACCUACAUCUAAAUCAUUCUGUUUAAACCCAUCUAGAUUAAGUUUAAACACAUCCACAUCCACUCGAAAAUCUUCAAGUUCUUCCAAUCAAAAUGAUACAGAAACAGAAGAAGCACAGCCUAAAAAAGAGGUGCCUAUUCCAUCACCGCCAGCUGUAUUUGGUGCUGUUAUUACCAAAAAUCGCACACAAAAACCUGAUGAAAUUUCAUUAGCUAGUGGUUUUAUAUUUGGUCAAAAUCUUCAUGAACGUGUAGAAUUAAAUAAAGAAGCUGAUUCAACUUCAGAAGAUGAUAAAAAACCUAAUGAUACUCAAGAAGCUGAAGUUUCAUCAUCUUCAAAUGUUAUUUCCCCUUCAUUUGGCAAUCUUAAAAAUGAUGAACCUGACGAAAAUGGCAGACUAGAUGAAACUGUAGAAGAAUCUAAAAGAAGAUUGGUAGAAGCUGCUAAAGAAUAUGAAGAAUCACGUGCAACUAAACGAAAAUAUGAAGAAGUUGAUUGUAUGACUGGAGAGGAAAAUGAUGUAAACGUAUUCCAGCUAAAUAUAUGUAAACUAUAUGUGUAUGAUAAUGCUAAAUCCAACUGGGUGGAAAAAGGACGUGGACAAUUACGUGUAAAUGAUAUGGAUGGAGGGCAGUCAUCAAGGGUAGUUAUGCGAAGCAAUGGAAACCUUAAAGUCAUUUUGAACACUAAGAUUUGGGCAGACAUGAAAGUUGAAAAAGUUAGUGAAAAAAGUGUUAGGCUCACUGCAUUUGAAGAAGAUUCAAUUAAAGUAUUUCUUGUUCUUGGACCUGCAAAAAGUAUUGAUGAAUUUAUAAAUGUAUUACUGACGCGUGUAGAAAGACAUAAAGAAGCAGAUAGAAAAAGAAAUCCAACUACCAGCAAAGAUGAAGAUUCAUUAGAGGGUACACUUGUCUAA